UUCAUGGGGUCACAAAGAGUUGGACACAACUGAGCGACUGAACUGAUCUGAACAGUUGUCUCCCUUUUACAGAUGAGGAGACUGAAGCAUAAAGGGUUAAGUAAUCCACCUGUGUUCACAGACCUCGUGAGCAGCUGGGCUGGGGUCCAAACCCCGGGGUCUGACCCCAGACUACCCACUCUUCUCCGCUCAGCUGUGGUGUCUCCAGACACCAGGGUUGGCAUGUGAUUGAAGCUUGAAGAGACCCCAAAUAUAUGCUCAGGCCCAAUGACAUUUUUUUCACUAAGGAGUUUUACCUGCAGAGAUUUCCAUUUAGGAUUAUUUUUUUUUAUUAUUUAUUUACUGUAAUAUGUGUAUUUACUUGGCUGUGGUUGGGUCUUGGUUGUUAUUUAUUUACUUUAGUAUUUGUAUUUACUUGGCUGUGGUUGGGUCUUGGUGGCAGGCCUUAGGAUCUUCCUUGUGUUAUCAGGGAUCUGGCAUCGCAGUGCAGACUCUGUAGUUGUGGCUCAUGGGCUUAGUUGUUCCUCGGCAUGUGGGAUUGUGGUUUGCAGACCAGGGAUUGAACUCACACCCUCUGGGUUUUAUGGGCAGCAUCUUCACCACUAGACAGCCAGGGAAGUCCCUUGGUUAGCAUUCUGAAACACUUAAGUAACUUGAAAAGUGAAGUGAAACUGAAGCAAAAAUGUUCGUCACUCAGUCAUGUCUGACUGUAGCCUACCAGGCAAACAUAUAUUAAGCAUUUAUGUUUUCACUUUGAUGUUAAGAAGAUAGCUAUAAACGUAUGCAAGAUCAUUCUAACUAAACAGCCAUCCACAGAAGCCUCCAUCUAAUUUCAUAUUCAUAAAUAUUUAAAAUUCAUUCACAACAACAAUGGAAGCCUCAACACCAGGCUCCACCAUAUAUUUUUCUCUUCAAAAGGGGUCUAUCCACUGUCUAGAUUUGACCACCUCUCUUCCUGUUCUAGAAAUGAGAUGACCAUCUCUUUCAGAAUAUACAGCAACUGCCUCCCUCUGAGCAGCACCAGGCUUAGGAGAUUUACGGUAAAGGCAUGUUUCCUAGGAGGUCAGUACUGAAAGCCAGACUCAACCGGCAGUUUCUGGGAGAGAGAACUUCUCCACCCUAUUGCAGCAGUGUACCUUUUCUUCAGGAGAUGCUCAUAUUGGAAAAGGCUCAACUGGGAUACUCAUCAGCGUCUCCUGUCCGUCUGGGGUUUGGCCGUGGGCAAGGAUAAAAUGAGCCAGUCCUCUCGGGGCCAUGGAAAACCUGGAGUCCAGGCUUAAGAAUGCCCCGUACUUUCGCUGUGAGAAGGGAAAUGAUUCUGUCCCUGUGUGCCAGAAGUGUGAAACGUGCGUCCUGGCCUGGAAGAUCUUCUCCACGCGAGAGUGGUUCUGGAGGGUGGGUGCUGGGUUCCAGAGGAGGUUCCUGGUGAGUGUCCUGCAGCAACUGGACAGCCUGUACUUGUUACACUACUUCCUAACCCUCCUGCAGACCACGCAGGGCAAGGAUCUGGUCUACCACAGGACCCGGGUCGACCUGAGCAGGAAGGAGGGCAAGAUGAUCCAGUCCUCCUGGAACCAAAAGCUGGAUGAAACGGUGGAGCAGAAGAUGCGGGAGGCUCUACAUUGGCUCCAGAACAGCAGCCAGCGGAUGAAGGCCAACUACACGCUCCUGCUGCUGCAGAUGUGUGACCCCAGCUUGCUGCUCACCGCCACUGACGUCAUCAGAGUCCUGUUUCUGAGAGAGUGGGGUGACGCCUCAGGGACUGACCCAGAAUUUACCAACAUGUUUUUCAUCCCUGAGAAAGGCCACACACACUCGUGUGACACCUCACAAGUCUGCUGGGCAGCCAGAACCAGGCACACAACCUUCCCAUUGUCCAAAGCUACAGGAAAAGCAAGCUUGCAUGACCUUGUGCAGCGGGGAGCAGCCACUGCUGAAGUACAGUGGAAGAGUUCGCUCCAGUGUAUUUCCGAGAUGAACAGGCUAUUUUCUGAAAAAGCCAGUGUGUCCAAAUCAGGCUUGGCCCCGGCCACUGAUGUGCUGCUGGAGCUGGACACCGUCAGAGAACUGUCCUCCGGGGUCAGCAGGUACCGCGACUUCAUCCGCCAGCUGCCCAUCCAUCUCUCCAAGUAUAUUCUAAGUUUGCUGGAUAGGAGCACCUUGAACAGGUGUAGCUUUGUGAGCCAGCACUGGGCGGCGCUAGCACAGCAGGUCAAGGCCGACCUGUCCAUGCACUCCUUCAUCCAGCACCAGAUCACCUUCCUGCAGGGGUCCUACACCAGGGGAAUAGACCCUAAUUACGCCAACAAGGUUAUUAUCCCAAUUCCGAAAAUGACGGAUGAUGGGAAGCGCCUACGUGUGAAAAAUCAGAAGUGGAAACUGAGAACGAAGAAUGACUACAACCUGUGGACUGCAUACCAGAACCAGGAGACUCAGCAGGUGCAGAUGGAGGAGAGGAAUGUCUUCUGUGGCUCUUACAACAUCCGCAUCCUCUCUGACACGUGGGACAGAAACAGAAUCAUCCACUACUCUGGGGGAGAUUUGUUAGCCGUGUCAUCCAAUCGAAAGAUCCAGCUUCUGGACAUCAUACGUGUAAAGGAGAUACCCAUCAGGUUUCGAGGCCAUGCUGGGAGUGUCCGGGCCCUCUUCUUGUGUGAAGAAGAAAACUUUCUCCUGAGUGGGAGUUAUGACCUGAGUAUCAGGUACUGGGAUCUGAAAAGUGGGGCUUGUAUACGCAUCUUCAAUGGCCACCAGGGGACCAUCACCUGCAUGGAUGUGUAUAAGAACAAGCUCGCCUCUGGAGCAAAAGAUUGCCAGGUAAAAGAGUGGGAUAUAGAGACAGGGAAGUGCCUAAAGACUUUCAAACACAAAGACCCCAUUCUGGAUACCAGGAUCAAUGACACGUACAUCGUGAGCAGCUGUGAGAAAGGCAUGGUCAAAGUGUGGCACAUGGUCACGGCCCAGCUGGUAAAGACGCUCAAUGGCCACGAGGGGGCCGUGAAGUGUCUAUACUUCGACCAGUGGCAUCUCCUGUCGGGAAGCACUGAUGGCCUGGUCAUGGCCUGGAGCAUGGUGGGGAAGUACGAGCGGUGCCUCAUGGCCUUCAAGCAUCCAAAGGAGGUUCUCCACGUGGCCCUUCUCUUCCUCCGGGUCAUCAGUGCUUGUGCCGAUGGCAAGAUCCGCAUUUACAAUUUCCUCAACGGGAACUGUCUGAAGGUGAUGAAAGUCAAUGGCAGAGGUGAUCCUGUGCUGUCCUUCUUUAUUCAGGGCAACAGGAUGGUGAUCAACACGGAGAGCAACGUCCUCCUGUUUCAGUUUGAGAAUAUCAAGUGGCAGUACUCAGUGGAACGGGCCAAACAAAAGAAGAAGGACAGAGAGGAGGACAGGGAAGAAAACAGCUUUGCAGAAGUCCUCUCCAAGUCUAGUACCCAGGUCUACAGCCCAAGGGAUUCUGUGUCCAGCAAGCAGACAGCCCAGGAGUCCCUGUUAAGCAAACCUCGCAGGUCCCGCAUCUUCCCGAGGGCAUCCAGAUUACCUACAGGCGUGUUAAUGGAGACACCUCCAAGUCCAGGAAAGCCAAAGUCACCCCGGAAAGAUGGCAGGAAGAGACUGGGUUCUCAGGAAGCAAAUGGCAUGGGUGCCGAGCAGGAGAAUUUGGAAGCAAAACCUGUUGUCGCCGGAGAUCAGAAGACGGCAGAUGAUAUGGAGAAAUUACCAAAACAAAGGUAUCUGGGAAUUUCGGGAGACUUGAUCUAUCGCUCAAAGAAGUCCUGGUGCAUUCCCAUGUCGCCUGACCAGUUCCUCCUGACCGUGAACGCCCUGCAGAAAGCCCAUAAUUCUGGGGAGUUUGCCUAUCCCCGGAGGCCCCAGGCCCAGAUCAUCGAUGUCUGGGGACCUUCCAUUCCAUACCCAAGGAAGGUCCUGAGUUUGAAGGGCCAAGCGGUCCAACAAGCAGUUGACCAACUGAGAUUCAGCACUCUUCCCAUAGAAGUGAAGCAGACCAGUAUUCCCCUCAAAAUCCAGAAGCUUCAGCCCAACAUGAAGAAGUCUGUACAUGGUCCCCGAGUGCAUUCCACCAUCCCCCAGCCGGUGCUUAUCUGCCCCAGGUUCCGUGGUGGCUCGAAGAGUGAAGACCGGGCCACCAGUUCAACUGACGGAGUGCGCAACUUCAGCCCCUUAACCAGCACGCAAGUCAUCAAGCCAAACCGCAUGCUGGCUCCGCCCACAGGCACGGCAGCCCAGGCUGCCAAGAAAGAACGGCCCCGCUACUACUCUGCCCUUGACCCCUUACGAGUGAACACAGAGUUCAUGCUGCUGACUGUGAAGGAGCAGAAAGAAUAUAGGGAGGCCAAGAUGAAAGAGUUUCAGGCCAUAAAGCCAGUUGGAGUGGUCGAUCCAGAAAAGGCCAGCAGAGCUGCAUGGAUCAGGAAGAUCAAAGGUCUGCCCAUCGACAACUUCAUGAAGCAGGGGAAAACCGCGGCCCCCGAACUUGGACAAAAUGUGUUUAUUUGAACCAGCCUUGGGAAAUUACUAUGUCUUAUAAUAAACAGGAAACCAAGUAGAUGUUGAUAUUUGGCCUCUUUUAUUUUGUUUGUUUGUUUGUUUUCAACUGUUCCUUGGCAAUUACCAUGAGGACUCUUCAUUAUUUUCCUGUAAGUCGAAGAACUGAUACUUAUCAAAGUAAGAAAACAGAGACUAAGAGAGAUUGGUAUCUGUAUUCCCACUGAAAACCAUUCAAUGAGAUGCAUGGAAACCCUGUUUCAUUGAUGGGGGAUGGAGAAGUGGUUUUUGGAAGUUUAAUACCACUUAUCGCUACCAAUUUCCUGUGUCAUUUCUUCUAGCAAACGGACCAAAGGGAUUAUAUCUGAAUUGUGCACUGGAGUCCCCUGGUGUUUUCGUGCAGAAGCCUGAUGAAGUGCAGUAAGUUCAAUUAAGUAUCAAAAAGGAGCCCUUAAAUUGUGUUUCCUUCUCAGGGCUAACUCCUAGGGAGAAGAAUUAAUAUGCCAGCAAAUUUGGAAAACUCAGCAGUGGCCACAGGACUGGAAUAGGUGUUUU